AGAAAAUUGUCGCUUGAAGAAGACUCAUCAAAGGUGCCAUUCCUGUCUUGAGCUGCAAACCAGCCAUAACUAUACGUUGCUCGUCAACAAUUGGCUUUUUCUUCUAACAUUUGUUAGAGAUCGUUCACUUGUAUUGGUCUGCGCCAUUGUGGCCUUUUCAUACAAUCUCAUGCGUAGUCAGAGCGAUAUAGAUCAUAUAUUUCUUUGUGGGUGCGAUCUGGGUACAAUUACUGUUUUGCCAUUCUUAAAAUAACUCGUACGGAACAGAACAAAUGCGGCCCCGCUUUGUUCGAAUCGGAUAUAGUUCUUCGCUAGUAUUAUGCACCGCUCGUUCUUUGGGAUCGGUUGAAUGGUUUUUGCGAUACAGAUGUUGUCAGGAACAGCAUUUUAACAGAUUGAAAGAGCUAGCGAAAUCGAAAUCACACUAAAUCUAAUAAUAAUAAUAAAAAUAAUAUUAACUGACAUUUUUAUUUGUGCCAUUUAGUUUUUGGACCUGAUUUCUUUUCACUCAUUCGGAGGUAGUUGUACUGAAAGAAUUACGUUUUUGCCGUUACUUGUGGCAGUCAAACUGCUAGUGCUGUGUUUGUUAUCGUGAUGGGUUUAAAUGACAGAAUACUGUAGCGGUACCUAACGCGAGCUUGGGCGUUUUCAUUCUGGUUGUGCGGCUCUGAUGGUACGUUUGUGAUAAAUGUAUAUCAGACUGUUUCGAAUGACUCGUCUGGUCGACUAUUACAAUGAAAGCACUACAACGUGAUUUCACGCAUAUCAACAGGCCUAUUCCGAAAAACACGUGGCUGUUCGAGGACCAUUCGGUCUCUCGGGCUUGCAAAGCCAGGCAUGUCCUAGUCAGACUUGGGUCUCGCUAUUUGAUAUUGAAUGCGCUCGUAUGCCUGCCAGCAAUGCCACCUUGUUGGCAUCAGCCAUUGUUAAUGAGCUCUCAAAAAGAAUUCUCAAAGAGUUUAGUUAGUGAAGUCGACAUUAACACUGCCUUCAUUUUGCUAGAGUCUCUGGUCAUUUUUUUUUUUGAAAAUUUAGGCGGCAUUGUUACGCGCAGUGAGUGAAUGGGUGGUUAAGUGAUUGGGCAAAACGAUAUCAGUGAUCUUUCUCGUGAGAACAAUAAUAUUUCUGUCAAGGUAGCGUAAUUAUUAUCUGUCACCACCGUCCAUUCUGGGCCGGCUGAAUUGGAAGCCAUUGCUACUGUGUUGUUUCGACGUUCGGUCAGUACGAUUGUGUUGGCGGUGAUUAGUAAACGAAUGAUACGAGACUGUUUUUGAUCCGAAAGGUAACAAGGGCAUGGAUACUUUAAGUACGACGGGGUUUUACCAUAAAUCGGAGUAGGCCAGUGAAACCUUAAUGAAUGAAGACGUCUUUCAUCGUGAAUUUCGAGUUUUUCAGGGACAGCUGAGACAAUCUGGAACCCCUUCCAAUUCAGUUAUUUUCUUUUCACACAGUUUCGUGCUAGGUGAAAUACUGAUUUUUAAUUAAAAAUAUAUAAAGACUAACCUCAGGAAUUAGUGUAAUUCGAAGUUCAGUAAAGCAGUGUUUAGAAGUUGCUUCUUAGUUCACAGAAAGUUCUAGCUUGUUUGUUGUUUUUCGGUUCGGUAAGAUAUUGUUCAUAUAUUUUCGCUAUAAAACAACAGUUGUGCGGCUAAACAUACUCUAAUCUAACUAAUAUGCAUUUACAAAAAUAAAAAAAUAAUGUACAUAAUAUACAGAUAGAUUUAAAGGAUUCCAACCGACGGUACCUUGCUGUUUGAGCUUUCUCAAUUGCUAUCCUAUUAUUACUGCCACAUAAUCCGUACCAGGAUAAGCUAUUUUGCGCAAACAGACAGACCGAGACCAAAAAUUGAAAUAAAUUAAGGAAAACAACGUUAUAAUAAUGUUUCAUAACGUUAUUGCUAAUUAUAUUCCUAACCGAAUGCAAAUAUUAUUUACGAUUUAUUCCGAGCAGUUGUUUCUUGUCGUCAAUCGGUUUGCCGGUCAACACGGGUACCUGCCUAGCUUGGGGUUCGGCUUGGGGUUGAUCUAUUCGUGAUUGCAUGUACUUGUUUUCGUGCGCGCUGCCACGACUGUGCGUAACCCUUGAAUGCGUCGCACAGACAGUUCACCGAUAGAUGUUUCACGGGAAUUUUCUAAAACAUAAGAAUACAUUGUGUCCUUCCAUGCAGACCGUGUACACCACACAAUACAUAUCGCAUCAUUUGAUUUGUAGUGUUGUCUUUCGCCGCCCCGUAUUUGCCCCAAAUAUACAAAGAGCUAUUGCCGUUGCUGUUAUGUUAUUGUUAACGUCUAAAUUUGUCGCGGCUGGCAACGGAGCUCCCGUAUACAGGCAGUUGAGUAACCUCACGUUGAUCGGACUGUAUCGAUGUGAGUGUCUAUCAGCUGAUCAAAUAACGAUUGGCCGAUACUGCAUUUUUGCCUAGGGCGAAUUGCGUUGCAGCAGUAGCAGCGGCAUUAAAAUUAUUUUGGUAGAAUAGUCUUGGAAUAGGCUGACUCUCAACACAAAAUGAAGUGUGUGUGAACCUAGAUCACCACCCACAUUCAGUUCUUAAAUUUAGUAAAAAAAGACGUUGUCACUACAUUAUCCUGGAGAUGUGGCCACGUGACCUAAGCGAGGCUCAGCGACAUCAGCAAUAUAUGAUAGUGGAGACCCAACUCACUGAAGAGGACAGCUGAGUCGACAGUGGUCCUUUCUAUUGACUAAUAGAGUGAGAAUGCCGAUGCGCUGUACUGUUGUGAGACACUAUGUUGGUAUUGUGACAGUCGUGGAAUAGAGUGCAGCCUCGAGCAAUCCUUACGUUUGUUCUGUCACGAUGUUAAUGCCGAUAUAAAACGGUCUUGGUAACAUCGGCAAGGAUAAUAAACCCUCCCGAAGGGCGCGCAUGAAAGAAAUCAAGCAAAAGCGAUCGCUUGGCGACACGUCGAUCCUGGCGAUGAUGACCGUGGCCAGAACGUCACCGGCGAUUCUGGUUCAAUCCAGUUGGGCUUUGGUUGUAGUGUUUGUUUCCUACUAUGAAUAUUGUUGCCAUUGUGACUGUCGAGCUCUGCACAAAGAUAUAGAAAGGUUUCACACGCCGAGAAAUAUAUGUAGGUGGCAACACAGCGAGAAUGCCAUAGGCAAUGAUGACGAGAUCUCUCUAAAUCGACUGGCCAUUGUUCCAGUUGUUUCGCCAUGCAAGUUGACACGAUGCGGCCAAUUGAAUAGUUAGCUACUGAUCCAUAGCUGUAAGUUCAAAGUUGAACAAUCUGACAAGGCGAAACCACCAAGGAGUGAGAUCGUAAUAUAGGCGUUUUGUCAUUAUAUAUAUGCCUUGCACGUAUGUGCAUCUCUAUAGUUCCUGAGUUAAAUAUAUGCUUUGACUGCUGGAAACGUUGUGAUCUUCAUUCGUUUACCGUAUGCGCUGGUGUCAAUUUGGUCACAUUAGUAAUCUUACAAGGAUACAUAAUGGCAACGCAUUUAAUGUUAUUAAUCAAAAUGGGUAGAUACGCGUGGUGGUAAUAGAAAAAAAGGAUCAAACAAUGGUUAGAUUUUUGCGCCGACAGCCAUGACAGAUUUAACAACUAUUGUAACUGUGGUUCUAGUUCCUUCCCUUUACAUGGUAUAUAGUGUUUCACUCGUGGGGUACAAUUAGCUCUGGCGAGGUGACGGUUCAAAUCGAUUAAGACAUGAAUUUAUGCAGCGGAAACUGCGCGACUACCUCCAGUCGGCCCAGUUGAUGAUAAAUACCAUAAGAGAUCCAGUAUUUGAAGGCAUUUAUAGCUAGUGAAAAUGCUGUAGCUUUUAAGAGCAGCUUCCUUACUCGAUUUAAUUUUAAUUUUACUUAAGAUACAUAGGGGCGCUUUAAAGGGCGCAUAGCAAUGAAACGUGAGUGCCGUUUGUACAGGAAUAAUCACAGUAUACGAAUGUCUAGUCCUCUGAUAUUCUCAUUGAUAUUGUCUAAGCUUCAUCACUUGAAUCAUUAUUUAUUGAAAGCAUUCAGUAUUUGAGUAUGACAAUUCUCAAUCUAGUCUGAACUGGUGGACUGAACUAUUAUAGCCUUGCAACUUUCACAUUUCUUGGAUUAUGAUGACGAUCACGAUCGUAUAAACUUCUUCCCAUUUUCUAUUAUACACCUAUACCGAUAACAAAGAACAGAAUUUUUUCGAGGUGCCCUAUACAAUGCUGUGGUCAAAUUUGUUUGUUGCAAUAGGCGAGUGAGCUCCCGCCGCUGUUUGAUAAACGAAUUUAGUUAGUAUAUAAUAUAGUGUGAUAUCUGCAUAGAUUAAUCAGUCAAAAAUCUCUGGUCAACGUAUGUGUCUAUUCUAUAAUAUAAUAAUAUAUAAUAUAAUAGGUCGGGUGCCGUUCGGUGUUUGGUGGAAAGUACUCGUAGCUGGCAUGUGGACUCUGUCCCACCAUUUUGUGCUUACUUGCUUAUAUAAGCAAAUUAGGUGGAUGCAUCAUACUUCGUAGACCGGUGGAAUAUAUUUGCGUGGCCUUGUAGCGCCGCGAUUAUAUCAUUGGUUUUUGCCGACACGGCCACCUACGGACUGCUUACCACGGUCGAUGCCAGCAACAGUUUUCUCAGCCGGGUAACUCUAACGUGCAGCAGUGUCCACCGAUAAACCCGAUGCGGGCGGCGUCGUAGUUGGGCGGUAGGUAGAGAAAAGGACAAUUUUGUCACAAAACUCCUCAGAUAAUGAGUGAACCGAUCCUGUUCGCUUGGCCGUCGCUGGGACACGUUUUGCGCGUCCUCAAAAAUGAUAAGAAGACAACUUCAAUAACGAAUGUUUUUUGAUGUAUGACAAAAGCAGGUUUUUUCGAAAUGCUUGCCAGUAUGUUGGAUUUUCGUGAAAAACAUAGCGGACAAAUUGUCGGCUAGAUUUAAUAUAAAAUACGCUAUUUUUGCUAAUUAAGAGCGUUAGAAAGAUAUACAUGUCUGGUCGCAGGUGUUGACUGUAGCCUAUUUUGAAUGAUCGGCUAAUCGACGUUUCCUAGAGUUUUGUGAAUGGACUUUGCCGUUUGAAUAGUAACACGUCAAUUUGUAAAGCCACUUAUAUAUAUAGAUAAACCUCGUUUUUUUAUAAUUUAUUAAAAGGAAAGAGUUAAAAAAAUUCAAUACUACAUAUCGGGCGCAAAGAAAAGAGCUUGUAAAAAAAAAAAUAAAAAUUGUCGGAAAACGGAAAAUGUACGUAAUUUAUUUUACGGAAGGAAUUCAAAACCAUUACUAGGAGAUAAGUAAAUAUCACUAUUUUAGAGCAUUUUUACAAUACAAUAGAGUGAUGCUCACAGCACUAUAUACUAAACUAUUAUUAUGUGGCAUCAGCUAACAAAAUUUCUCUAUUUUCUCUACUCCGCUUGGCCACUCUUAUUUAUUAUACGAAAUAGCACUCAGGAACGACGCAUGGACUUCAAUAUUCGAUUCAAUAAAAUUUUGAUAUUUGGGAGUGUCAAACAAUAUCGAUGGGAAGAACGAAAGGAUAGUCAAAAUUCGAUUGAAGGUUUGAGGAAUGCAAAAGUAAUGCCGCACGUGGUUCCAAUCCGCUGUCUCACUGGGUCACUGGGAUCUGGCGAUUACUGAGUGAUUUCCUGUAGAACUAUUUUGUUGCACUGUCAUCACAUCGCUCUCGCCAUCCUCACGAUCGGAGCAUCUCGGUUCCCAUUAGUCGACAUUGUUUAUGAUAUUGAUAGCGGGCGGAUAACAACGUCAGCACAACCGCUUAAGCAGCGACUCGGUGCCGACCUUCGACGACUUAAUCCGACGGCAGCAUCAGUUAUUGGACGAAUUCCGUGAGGUUGUGUUAAACCUGCAGCAACAAAACAACCUGUUAGUUGACGAUCAUCCGCCCAGAGGACACGAUAACGACAAUCGAAAUAAUAACCUCGAUCUACCUAAAGACGUGUUUUUCGGACUUGAGGGAGGCUCUAACGGGGUCCAGUUUUCAAGAAGGUUGCCGCCUGCGUUCGAAGCCAUCGCUGGACCGUCCAAGCAUUCUCUUCAUUUCGGUCUUCAUUCGGCUGCCUUUUGGUCUUUUGAGACUUCCGCCACUCCUGGCACUACUUCCAUUCCUGGGGAUUUGCACCGCCAUUUCCAGGAGUACUCGUCGAUAAAAAUGGAAAGAGCUCCGUAUCCAAAUCUUCACCUGCCUCCGAAAGUCGAACGACUCAUUGCGGUGGGUGAUGUCAACGCCGUGAAGAUAGCGGUCGGGGAAGACAAUCUUGUCAGCUAUCUCCCCGAGAGGCCGGUGGGCACGGCCGUUUAUCGCUUUCAUGAAACGUUACAUCCAGGGGGAAGAUGUUACUUCGAAGUCGAGGUGGUCAACAUGGUGAAGGGUGGCCAGAUCGUGAUUGGCCUCAUGCCAUACGAAGCGUGUCAACGUAUAGCCACAGCAAGUCCCGUUGGUUCAACGAAGAAUUCAAUCGGACUCAAUCUAAACGGUGGACUUCUUCUACAGAGCUCAUCGGCACCUUCACACUUCGGGCCGCGAUGCCAUAACCGAGACGUCAUUGGUAUUGGCAUGCACUUCGGACCCGGCUUUUCAGAACUCAAAAACAACGUUUCCGUUUUUUUCACCUAUAACGGGCGAGAGUUUGGUUCUCGGGAGGUCAUCCUAUUUGGGCAACGAUUUGUGCCUGCAGUAAGCCUGAACCAACCGGGAGAAAGAGUUCGAUUUCGACUGGACGCUUCGUGGCCGCCGCGACCACGUGAAGACGGCGAGGAAAUGCAGUGCGACCAUUUUGAUGACUUCUGGGAUAGACUCAGCAAUGUCCGACUUAAUGGAGAUAUAAUCGAGUAUGCCGGUUCAGGUUUAUCGAAUAACGGCGUAGGCUUUGCGCAGGCCGCGCAACCCCUAACACCUAGCGCGCACUAUUUUGAAUUGGAGAUCCUCGACCCCGGCGAAAGCUGUUAUAUCGCCAUAGGAAUAGCACAUCGUCAUUAUUCAUGCAAACAACACCCUGGAUGGAGCAAAGGGUCCAUAGCCUAUCAUGCAGAUGACGGAGAGGUCUUUGUUGAAAAUGGAACUGGCGGAGAACGUGCGCCGAUGUGUAGACAAGGCGACCGAAUGGGUUGUGGAAUUCUGUUUCCCUCCAAUUUAGAAGAGACACGGCAAGCAGCGCUCGAUGAAAACGCUGCAGCAGCCGCUGUGGCAAUCAGCCCGGGCGAAGGCGGCCGUGAAUGUGGUCGCGGAAGUGAUGAAAGUCCAAUCAGCCGCUACAAAGAAAUGCACAAUGGCCGCCUUUUAAUGCAGUACCGCCGGCGUGGUGACAACCAAAGAUACCGAAUACAUCGGCAGCUCCAGGUAGCUGCAAGCGCGGCAGCAAACUCAGCGAACGUCGAAUUGUGGGCUCAGUCUCGCGUCGAGCUCGAUGAUUACGUUCCACAUGAACAGCUCGAUUGUGGCGUCCGUGUUAAAGUUUUUUUCACCCGAAAUGGACAGAUUGUUUGCACCAAAGAGAUGCCGCUUCCCCAAGAAGGCUUCUUCCCAACUGUAGGCCUGCUAAGUCGAGGGGAACGAGUCAGGGUAGAUCUUCAACCUCUGUCUGGCUAGCGAGGGUGCAAUUGAAGAUUUACAGAAGAAAUGGGGUGAAAUCGAAUAAAAUAGGAAAACUAAUAGAAAUGAAUGGACAGAUUAUGAUAAUAAGUUAACAUACUGUCACUGCAAGAAAGCGUGCGCGCAGUAACUACAUGUGAUAUAUAUAUAUAUAUAUAUAUAUAUAUAUAUAUAUAUAUAUAUAUAUGUAUAUAUAGACAAUUGUAUACAUGGCGGUAGAGGCAUGGUGAAUCAAUAAUCAAUGAACCCCGAAAAAAAAAAACAAGAAUCAGCUGAGCGAAGCAUAACGAAAACGAGCACAGUUGCAGCUGUUGGCUGUGGAAGGCAUUUGCUUUAUUAAUUGGUUCUUGCUUAGUAUAUAUAGAACAAGCAAUUAGACAUUAAAGUAGGCCUGUUAUUUGUACUUUCUCAAGGCAAUUUUCUUGAGCUACGAUUGAACUAAGGUUGAACAAAACGCCGAAUGCGACAAUCGCUGUUUUCAUCUUUUUUAAUGUGUUAAAAAAGUGGCCGGAAAGGGCUGAAAGGAACCUGGUCAAGGAUGUAUACGCUAUGAAAAGAGUAAGCCGAUUUACAGGAAAAAUAGUCAAGUACGACCAAGGAGCCUUGGGUACAGUGGGUUCUGGGCGCAUAUGAGGUUUUACGUGACUUUUCCAAUGUAUAGCAGUAAUGAGCUCUAACACUGGUUAUCAGAGGACCGUGGUGGUGAAGAUAAAGGUUUUUCAUAGAUUUUGAUAGGAACGUAACUUAAUUUACUAUUGUUGUAUGAUGAACAAUUAUCAUAGAUUAAAUAAAAUUAUGUUUUGGGUGUCUACUUAGUGAGAAAAAAACAGUCGUCUACAAGACGGUGAAUUUAAAAAGGGUGGAUUUUUUUGGGCAAAAAGGGGAAUUCUUAGAAGAAAGAAAGAAAAGUGCAGCGCAAUGACCUAAUGAAUGUGGGCAUAGAUUAAACAAAUCAGAGUACUGCAACAUGAAAACAUACAGUUGUUAUGUUCACAGAAAAUACACAAGUAUCUAAGUUGUACCUGUAUUCUACCAGAGGAUGAUGUAGCGCGGAAUGGAACUAAUUUUGUAAAAAUUAAAACCUUGAAUAGCACGAAUACAACACGGGCACGAAAUGCGGAGGCGCUAUUUUCUGGAAUGGAUUGGGUUUGUAGGUAGAGAAAAGAAGCGGAAGCGAGCGAGAGAAAUGGUAUAACCCGUCACGCUAAUUUCUCUUCGGAGUAUUUUUAUUUAUGCCAAAUAAAGAUUACACACUAUUCCUGUCACAUGUUGUUGUGACUGCUUCAUGCAGACCCUCAGCUACACAACAAUGCACAGAGAGGCCAGAUAAUGAAAAGCAAGGAAAACGAAAUUUGAACAAUACGUCAAUAGGCAAAGCUGACCAUCAAUCAACUGCGUGCAUUUGACAACUUGAAUCAAUCCUAGAAAAAAAAAAAA